AUGCCUACAGGGCAUCAAGUACAAGGUGUCAAGUCUACAGGGCAUCAAGUCAUCAAGUACAAGGUGUCAUGCCUACAAGUCAUCAAGUACAAGGUGUCAUGUCUACAAGUCAUCAAAUACAAGGUGUCAUGUCUACAGGUCAUCAAGUACAAGGGGUCAAGUCUACAGGUCAUCAAGCACAUGGUGUCAUGUCUACAGGUCAUCAAGUACAAGGUGUCACGUCUACAGGUCAUCAAGCACAUGGUGUCAUGUCUACAGGUCAUCAAGUACAAGGUGUCAAGUCUACAGGUCAUCAAGUACAAGGUGUCAAGUCUACAGGGCAUCAAGUACAAGGUGUCAAGUCUACAGGUCGUCAAGUACAAGGUGUCAAGUCUACAGGACAUCAAGUACAAGGUGUCAUGUCUACAGGUCAUCGAGUACAAGGUGUCAAGUCUACAGGUCAUCAAGUACAAGGUGUCAUGUCUACAGGUCAUCGAGUACAAGGUGUCAAGUCUACAGGGCAUCAAGUACAAGGUGUCAAGUCUACAGGUCACCAAGUACAAGGUGUCAUGUCUACAGGUCAUCAAGUACAAGGUGUCAUGUCUGCAAGUCAUCAAGUACAAGGUGUCAUGUCUACUGAUCAUCAAGUACAAGGUGUCAUGCCUACAGGGCAUCAAGUACAAAGUGUCAUGUCAACAGGUCAUCAAGUACAAGGUGUCAUGCCUACAGAUCAUCAAGUACAAGGUGUCAUGUCUACAGAUCAUCAAGUACAAGGUGUCAUACCUACAGAUCAAGUACAAGGUGUUAUGUCUACAGGUCAUCAAGUACAAGGUGUCAUGUCUGCAAGUCAUCAAGUACAAGGUGUCAUGCCUACAGAUCAUCAAGUACAAGGUGUCAAGUCUACAGGGCAUCAAGUACAAGGUCAUCAAGUACAAGGUGUCAUGCCUACAGAUCAUCAAGUACAAGGUGUCAAGUCUACAGGUCAUCAAGUACAAGGUGUCAAGUCUACAGGACAUCAAGUACAAGGUGUCAUGUCUACAGGUCAUCGAGUACAAGGUGUCAAGUCUACAGGUCAUCAAGUACAAGGUGUCAUGUCUACAGGUCCUCGAGUACAAGGUGUCAAGUCUACAGGGCAUCAAGUACAAGGUGUCAAGUCUACAGGUCACCAAGUACAAGGUGUCAAGUCUACAGGGCAUCAAGUACAAGGUCAUCAAGUACAAGGUGUCAUGUCUACAGGUCAUCGAGUACAAGGUGUCAAGUCUACAGGUCAUCAAGUACAAGGUGUCAUGUCUACAGGUCAUCGAGUACAAGGUGUCAAGUCUACAGGUCAUCAAGUACAAGGUGUCAAGUCUACAGGACAUCAAGUACAAGGUGUCAUGUCUACAGGUCAUCGAGUACAAGGUGUCAAGUCUACAGGUCAUCAAGUACAAGGUGUCAUGUCUACAGGUCAUCGAGUACAAGGUGUCAAGUCUACAGGGCAUCAAGUACAAGGUGUCAAGUCUACAGGUCAUCAAGUACAAGGUGUCAAGUCUACAGGGCAUCAAGUACAAGGUGUCAUGUCUACAGGUCAUCGAGUACAAGGUGUCAAGUCUACAGGUCAUCGAGUACAAGGUGUCAUGUCUACAGGUCAUCGAGUACAAGGUGUCAAGUCUACAGGGCAUCAAGUACAAGGUGUCAAGUCUACAGGUCACCAAGUACAAGGUGUCAUGUCUACAGGGCAUCAAGUACAAGGUCAUCAAGUACAAGGUGUCAUGCCUACAGAUCAUCACGUACAAGGUGUCAUGUCUACAGGUCAUCGAGUACAAGGUGUCAAGUCUACAGGUCAUCGAGUACAAGGUGUCAAGUCUACAGGUCAUCGAGUACAAGGUGUCAUGUCUACAGGUCAUCAAGUACAAGGUGUCAUGUCAUCAAGUACAAGGUGUCAAGUCUACAGGUCAUCAAGUACAAGUUGUCAUGCCUACAGGGCAUCAAGUACAAGGUGUCAUGUCAACAGGUCAUCAAGUACAAGGUGUCAUGCCUACAGAUCAUCACGUACAAGGUGUCAUGUCUACAGAUCAUCAAGUACAAGGUGUCAUACCUACAGAUCAUCAAGUACAAGGUGUCAUGUCUACAGGUCAUCAAGUACACGGUGUCAUGUCUACAGGUCAUCAAGUACAAGGUGUCAUGUCUACAGGUCAUCAAGUACAAGGUGUCAUGCCUACAGAUCAUCAAGUACAAGGUGUCAUGUCUACAGGUCAUCAAGUACAAGGUGUCAUGCCUACAGAUCAUCAAGUACAAGGUGUCAUGUCUACAGGUCAUCAAGUACAAGGUGUCAUGCCUACAGGUCAUCAAGUACAAGGUGUCAUGUCUACAGGUCAUCAAGUACAAGGUGUCAUGUCUACAGGUCAUCAAGUACAAGGUGUCAUGCCUACAGGUCAUCAAGUACACGGUGUCAUGUCUACAGGUCAUCAAGUACAAGGUGUCAUGUCUACAGGUCAUCAAGUACAAGGUGUCAUGCCUACAGAUCAUCAAGUACAAGGUGUCAUGUCUACAGGUCAUCAAGUACAAGGUGUCAUGCCUACAGGUCAUCAAGUACAAGGUGUCAUGUCUACAGGUCAUCGAGUACAAGGUGUCAAGUCUACAGGGCAUCAAGUACAAGGUGUCAAGUCUACAGGUCACCAAGUACAAGGUGUCAUGUCUACAGGGCAUCAAGUACAAGGUGUCAAGUCUACAGGUCAUCAAGUACAAGGUGUCAAGUCUACAGGUCAUCAAGUACAAGGUGUCAAGACUACAGGUCAUCAAGUACAAGGUGUCAUGUCUACAGGUCAUCAAGUACAAGGUGUCAUGUCAACAGGUCAUCAAGUACAAGGUGUCAUGCCUACAGAUCAUCACGUACAAGGUGUCAUGUCUACAGAUCAUCAAGUACAAGGUGUCAUACCUACAGAUCAUCAAGUACAAGGUGUCAUGUCUACAGGUCAUCAAGUACACGGUGUCAUGUCAACAGGUCAUCAAGUACAAGGUGUCAUGCCUACAGAUCAUCAAGUACAAGGUGUCAUGUCUACAGAUCAUCAAGUACAAGGUGUCAUGUCUACAGGUCAUCAAGUACAAGGUGUCAUGUCUGCAAGUCAUCAAGUACAAGGUGUCAUGCCUACAGGUCAUCAAGUACAAAGUGUCAUGCCUACAGAUCAUCAAGUACAAGGUGUCAUGUCUACAGGUCAUCAAGUACAAGGUGUCAUGUCUACAGAUCAUCAAGUACAAGGUGUCAUGCCUACAGAUCAUCAAGUACAAGGUGUCAUGCCUACAGAUCAUCAAGUACAAGGUGUCAUGCCUACAGGUCAGCAGACACCAAGUAUCAAGAUUACAGUUAAACAGUCACCAUGUAUCAACCUUUCACAUCAGCAGACACCUAGUAUCAAGCCAACAGGUCAGCAGACACUAGGUAUCAAUCCAACAUGUCAGCAGACACUAAGUAUCAAGUCCAAAGUUCAACAAUCAUCAUUUAUCAAGUCUUCAAGUCAGCAGACUCCAAGUAUCAAACCUUCAGAACAGCAGACACCAAGUAUCAAGCCAACAAGUCAGCAGACACUAGGUAUCAAGCCAACAGGUCAGCAGACACAAAAUAUCAACUCCACAGUUCAACAAUCAACAAAUAUCACGUCUACAUUUUUACAAUCGACACGUAUCAAGUUUUCAAAUCAGCAAACUCCAAGUAUCAAACCUUCAGAACAGCAGACACCAAGUAUAAAGUCUUCAGGUCAGCAGACACCAGACAUCAAGCAGAAUAUAUCUGUUGCCGCAGGUACAGAACAAAAAUCAUCAUCAUUAUCUGCUAAUUUCCGAAAGUUACCGAGUACGAUUAUGUUGCCUGAAUGCCCCAAAUCUUUUAAGGAAAGUUCUACUCACAAAGUGAGUUCAGAUUCUCUUAAAAAUGUAAUUUCAGAUGCAUAUAUAAAUACUUCACCACUUUCAUGUAAAAAGGCACUUUCAGUAACGCAGCUGAAUCUACUAAAAAAGUUUGCCAAUAAGAAGAUAAUAUAUCCCUCUAAUCAAAUGGUAACGGUUUGUUAUCAAAAACUAUUGCCAUUUAAUGCUCCAGGCAAGUACGUAUCAAGUAAAACUCAUGAAGCAUCAGCAAAGAAGGCACCAGCAUCUAAUAUAAUGUCUCCUCAGUCAUUAUCAGUAAGAAAGAUAGUUUAUAAGAAGAAUAUUUUGAGAAGGCAGCAUAAAAUUUAUGUUAAAAGACAUUCCAACUUGUCAGCUACAAAUAUUAAAACAGUACAGACAAAUUCAACAAAAAAUAUUCCCCUUAGUGAAAUCAAUAUUGAGCUAGGGAGAUCAGUAGAUAUUGAUCUCCCUAGCCAAUCAGACACUCAUUUGAUCAGUAUUGAUAAUGAUGAGAAUCACAAAGAUACAGAUGUGAUGGUUUCAUCCAGUUUAGACACUGUAAUUGUACCCCUCCAGGAAACACCAGAGCACGAGUGUCUUCAACCUUGCCACAAGUCUAGAAAAAGUGAUCAACAAGCAGCAGGGGAGUUAACUCCAAUAAUGAAACGUAUGAAAAAUAACUCUGAGUGUGAUAACGUGACUAGAUUAAUUUUAACUCCUUCGCAUCCCAUCCCAGACUCAACAGUUCCUGACUCUUCAUUAGGCAGAGGUCAGAAGCAUUUAAGAUCUCCAACACCACCGACUUCAGUAAAAAAAAUAUGCACAGAAGUUGAUAAGAUUAGUGAUAAUUUUGGACAAAUUGAAGACGUUAAAAAACGUAAGAGAAAUUCACUAGUUGUUAAAUGUCUGGAAGCAGUUAGUAAAGUAUCCAGUGUUUUGGGUAGUCUUGGCCCUAUUGUAGAAAGUUUACUAAUAAAGUCAACAGUUAGAAUGGCAGGAGGUCAAAAUUCUAUUGAACUUUUCCUGGAAACUGAGAACAUCAUGACACUGGAACUAGUGAAUCAAACAGUUUAUACAGAAUAUUCAAGUAACUUACUUGAAUCAGAACUCAAGGCCAGUAUUGAAAACGCAUGGAAAAUGACAAAUAUGCUUUUGGAAGAAGUGAAUGAGAUGAAAUCAACAGAAAAAUACAUGGGACUUGAUAUAGAUUCUAUUGCUAGAGCUACUGUUGGCAAAGAUUCCAACGACGUGGUAAUUUUUGUUAAACAGAUGCUAAAUUAUCAGGGAAAAAAAGAAGCUAAAGCAACAGAUAUUCACAGUAUAUUUAUGGCUGUUGCAAAAAAACAUUGUGAACUGGCAGUUAUAAUUAUGAAAGAAAGUAUUUCCCCAAAUUCUGGACUUGCAUCAAUGAAUAGUCCACUAAUUUGAUUUUCAAGAGAAUCAGAAGAGAAAGCUUUAUUUAUGUCCCACCAAAUUCAAUCCAUUCCAGGCUCUUGUGAGUCCCCUAUAAGCCGAUCCGGGAGCAGAGGUCAAAACAAAGCCCUUCUAAAGUGGCGCAAGGAGCAAGGGUGACCACCCUAACUAAGAAAAGGCCACUAGGAGUGUGAAUGAAUCAAAACAAAUAACAGCAAGGUAGGCAGUGCAUAGAAAAUGGGACAUUGAUGCUCCAAGAUUUAGAAACACUUGAUGUAAAGCAAUAGUCACAUUAGUAUCAUUUGCACACCACUAGGGUACUGUGCAUCUUGCUCCUCAAUCCAAAAAAUUAAUCCUCGGUCAUAUUGCCUUUUGUUUACAUUAAUCACAUUUGCCUUUGUAAUCACAUUUGCCUUUGUAAUCACAUUUGCCUUUGUACUCUUCCUGCCCCUGUGCCCCUUCAGGUCCUCAUUUUUCAGAUAAGUGCUGGCCAUCCUGGGUGCUGUUUUUGUCCUGUCAGGGAAAUUUACUUGUGUGUUUGUUGUUUGUUUUAGUAUAGUAUUUGCUUCACAAUGAAUGCAUAUUUAUGCCUCACUACUUGGACUCUGAUUAACUGCUCAGUGGGCACCAUUAGUUGAAAGCAACUGACGUUACAUAGUAAACUGUAUGUAAUGUCAGUUGCUUUCAAUCAAUGGUGCCCACUGGGGAAGGUUUGCCUCGAACUACAUGUACUAGAUGAGGCUGCAGGUACAGCCACAUUUACCCCCUAGGCUGCUUUUAGUACUGCAUUUGUUAUAAUUUUUAAGUGGCACCUGCAUCCAGUGUUCCUGCUUGGUCUAUCUUUCAGGAUAAAGCAAGCCCUUUGCAGUUUUUGAAGGGUUUAAUUUGGACAUGCCCUCUGAUUCUGCCCUUACAAUUUAUAGGAUGUGACAGUUUUUAUCGUUUUUGAUGGCCAAUCUGUCUGUCUGUAUCAUGCCGCUCAGUGGGUUUCUGUUUUGGUUGAGCCUCCUCCUAGGGACUGGGCUUAUCAGGCAGCUGCUGCUUUAUGGGCCAGAUUUAUUUGUAUACAUGGGUUGCAUCUUCACGUUGAUAUGGUUGCCUCAGGAUUGGCCCCUUUGUCUUUUCAAGAAGCUUUCUUGGAGCAGUUGCUGUUUUCUACUUGCUCCAAGUUUGUACCUCCAUUUCCUUCUCCAGGUUCGGCCAGUGUUGUUCGUUGGGCCUGGGUGCCUCCCCCUUUGAUCCUUGUUCUGAAAUGUCUUAGGGUUUAGUCUGGAGGUGGUGAUACUUAGGCUUCAGGUGGAGUCAGAUUCCCAGGCCAUUGCACUUGCUUCACCUUUCUCACCUUCUUGUUGGUGUCACUCAUGGGUCAAAGAGAGGUACAUCAACUAGGGACUCUUCAUGCCGGCCCUUGCAGUUUACCCAAUGAGAACGCUGUAUGGAUGGACAUCUACCAUUUUGCCAGCUCUUCGUUCCAUGAAGUGUAGGCCUUCCAAAGAGUGUCCUAAGGCCUACAGUGGAGAGGGUUGUCAUCCCCUCAUUUGAUGUUUGGGUCUGGGGCCAGCAGUGUACUCCACAGCUCCUCUUGGUCAUCAUGGAGUGGUUGGAUGCUGGAAUGGUCAAGUUAACUGUCACUCUACAAAGGGUGUCUCAGUUGUUUCCGGUUCCCCAAGUGGGGCUCAUUGGACUUAUGGUACUUUCUCGACCUAUAGAGUGUGAAUCACUUCAUGCCCUGUCCAACUUUCUGUAUUAGGUGAUCAGUGCUGGUUGGUUCAGCCAGUGGUCUAUUGUUUAUUAUGUCUGUUCUGCCUGGAGUUGCAGGCACAUUCCUGGAUAGUGAAUGUUGGAACUUGCCAAUAUGUGUCCUGUAGUGAACUUGGACCUACAGGUCACCUAUUGGCAUAUUCCUAUUCAUCACUGGUUCAGGGACUGGUAGGGUUUUGUGGUUAGGCAUUAGGCUUACAGCUUCUGGAUUCUCCUGUUUGACCUGAAUCUGGCACCCUAGAUAUUUACCUGGUUUGUCACCUUCAAGUCUUAGGGGUUUGCAUCUUAUCCUACCUCGACGACUGGCUAGUUUGGGCUGCCAGCUACUCCGCAUUUGGUUCCAUUACUGGUUUGAACCUGGUUGGGCCAGGUCUAGGAUUCUCAAUUGGUUUUCCUCUUCCAUCUGCAUCCCUGCUCUGCUUGGAUGCUCAUCUCUGGAUGGUGGCAAAAAGUUCCCACAUCUCUUGUUUGCAUGAGCAGCUGAGCAGGAGUGUGAGCUUUAGUGGCAUGGUUUAUCCUGCACACAGGAUUUGGCUCUGGAUGUUGUAUUGUUUUCUUUGGUUUAGUCCUUUUCACUGCCACCGAAGCCAUUGGGUGUGAGCUCCAUGGGCCCUUUGACGGCUUCUGUUCACCUGUUACCUCUUCAGGCAUUUCAGUGGUGAAUCCAUCUACCUGCAUUCGACCUUUACAUGGAGAACUCUGCCCUGAAUUAGAAGUUUGUGACCAGCACUCACUUGGCCACACAGGAUUGUUAUGUGGGCUCAUUGAAUAGACCACGCUGCAUGAGUUCAUGGCAGUCUGGCAUGCCCUGUGGUUGCUUCAUCUCCCAGUGCCCUCUGUGGUUUAGUUCCACUAUAACUGCUUCCUGGAGGUUCAUUGUCUGAAUCAUGGGGUUGUUUUAGUCUCUUUCCCUUGUGGGGCUGGACGCUAUGGAAGCUCAUAUUCUGGAUGCUUGGGGUUUGGGGGUUUGGUUUUCUGUGUGAUUCAUGUUCGAAGGUGUGUCCAAUAUUUUAUCAAAAAUUUUGAAUUUCCGCCAUAUUGCCAUGGAAUGGACCAUUGAGUACAUAUCCUUCAGUUGGCUUUGUGAGACUUUGGCUAUCCCAAUGUGGACUGCUUUGUAUUUCAGAGUGACACCAAUGGCUUCCAGUUUAUAUGGCCCCACAUGCCAAUCACGAGGCUCUCUCACAAUGGGGCCUCCCCCCUUUGUGGGGAUGGGUCCUCCCCCCACAAUGGGGUCAGCGCAAACAAGAGGCACGUCGGGUUGAUGAUAUUUUGCUUGUUAACUUGUUUUUCUUAGGGGAAGUUCAUGGGCUCUGGUCAGUCGUGGGUUGCACUUUUCUACCAGUUGGGGUCUGUUUGGGGCACCUACCUUUCUGGGUGCCUAACCCCAGUCGAUGGCAGACAUGAAUAUACUGUACUCUAAAAAAGUGGAGUUUUCAUAGGCCAUUGCUCCCUUCGCCUCUCUGAGGGAACCAGGUUCUGGCUUGUGGUUCCCGGUAGGCAUAGAACUCCAUAAACUCCAUAUGACUGAAGCCCCAGACUAAUAUAGCUAAUAUCUGAUAGCUUCAGAGAGCCUCCAGGGCUCACCCAGAAAAUGGCGUUUCAUUACAUUCAACGCUGGUUUUUAGGGUGAGCCCCUAAAACCCUCACUCCCUCAGGGAGUCAGGUUCUUACAUCAUUCAUCAAACUGAUGGCAGAGCAACCUGUGAGCCGUGAACUGCUCCCCUCCUCCCCACAAAUGAGGAGAAGGGCGGGGCAAACAAGUGGGCGCUGGGUUAUAUUUUUUUCAGUCUUUUGUUUACAUAGUUUAGGGAGAUCUAUGGCUGUUUUCGAUUCUGUAGGUAUCAGAAGCAGCCAGCUGUGGUUUGUUUUGUCUCGCUGACUUUCUGGAUGUUUCCCUUGGUGGUGGAAUAAAUUAAUAACUUAAUAUAUAAAUUUCACAGCUCCCUACCCCUCUGUUAGGGGACCAGGUUCUGGCUCUGGCCCCCAGUAGGGCAGAGAACUCCAUGACUGAUGGCACCUAGUAGAUAAUACACGCAUCGGAGAUGCGACAUUUCAUUACAUUCAAUGCUGGAUUUUGGUUUUCUUCAACCAAGGUGUGCCUUGUGUUAUGUUCAUUGGCUGUAUCACAGCUUCCUUUGUGCCAUUGGUUCUGCCUUGGUGGGCUUUGUGUGGGGUUUCCUGUCACCUGGGUUCCCGGUUCUGUUGUUCAUUUUCUCUAGUUAUCUGCAGUGUCUUUCUGUCUUGCCAGUCUUGAUGUCUUCUCUCACACCCUCAAUGUUCGUCCUUUGCUGCUUAUCAGUUGGCUUUGUGAACAUCUAUACUCCUCUUCAAGUGCAAGGAUUUUGGGACUCUCACAGGGUUCUGAUGAUCUGGUCUCUUGUUCCUGUGCCCAGGCCCUGGCACCCUUGUGUGGCCUUGGGGUUUGUGCCUCACGGGUUCUGCAGGUUGUUCUGUAUGGCCAGCCUUUGGUCUGACAUUGUGUCUCUGUUGUUUACAACUGCCCCUUUCGCUGUGUUGUGCUACUUUUUGGGUGUGAGAGGCUUUAGGGGUCAGCCUGUAAUCUGGCAGCUCAGGGGGUCCUCUUCUUGUUCUAGAUUCCUGGCAACUUUGUGUCUCCUCUUUGUAUUGAUUCCUGCUGUGCUCCCUCCCUGGUUGGUACCUGUUUGAUAUUUCUCUAUUUGAUUGAUAGCUUCAGGGAGCCAUGAGGGGGCUCCUCCCAGAAAACCAGCUGUGAAUGUUCAGUAAUGAAAUGCCAAUUUCUGGGUGAGCCCUGUUGGCUCCCUGACACCCUCCCAUUCCCAGGGUGUCAGGGUAUUUAUAUCUUUAUAGAACUUAGGGUGGAGCAGUCAGCUGGUCACUCUUCCCCCCAGAUGAGAGGAACAUGGGGUGAAUGAGCUAGCAUUAAUUUUAUGAAUUCCCAAUUGUUUACAUUGGUGGAGGAGUUCUUCUGGUGGUACUUGAGGCUGCAGUCGAGCAUAUAACCAGCAGUGGUCUGUUUUGUUUUGUUUUGUUUUGUUUUGUUUUGACUUUCUGGGUGCUUCUCUGUUGGAUGCAGACAUGAAUAAAUACAUAGUAAUUGUACCAUAAAUGUCACUGUUCCCUGUGGCUCUUUAG